AUGAUUCUCCAGAGCUCCGCGCGAUCAGAGUCCAUACACUCGCUGCUAGCGGCGCUCAAGGUAUGUGCUAGGACAAAGGAUCUUGCACGGGGCAGGGAGAUCCAUCAUGCGGCCUCCAAGAAGUUUGGAGAGGCCAACAUCUACAUCGCCAGCGGUCUCGUGGCCAUGUACGCCAAAUGUGGCUGCUUGGACGAAGCCGCGGGAAUUUUCCAGGGGAUGGAGCAGCGAGACGUGGUUUGCUGGACUGCGCUCAUCGUGGGCUACGUCCAGAAUGGAGCUCCGGAGAUAGCACUGGAUUUGUUCUCGCAGAUGGAAAGAAGUGGCUGCGAUCCAAGCGGCCCCACUCUCCUGGCCCUUCUCAAGGCUUGCGUGAUUCUGGACGAGAGAGAACGAGCAGGGAUCGAAAAUGGGAAGUUCUUCGCGGGGAGGAUGAAGCUGCUCGAGAGAACCAUGGCGAUCCACGCUCGAGCUGCCAAGAGCUCGGAUAGCAUGCUCUCGCGGUACGCUCGUUUGGCAACUUGUCUCGCGGAUACCUACGCCAAGUGUGGAAGCAUGAGAGACUCUUGGCGAGUUUUCGAUGGGAUUGAGAACCACGACGUUGUCUCCUGGACGGUAUUGGUUCUGGGAUACGCUCAAAACCGGCAGGAAGAUUUGGCUCUGGAGCUCUUCUCGCAGAUGGAAGCUGCUAUGAUCAAUCCAGAUUGCUCGAGUUUUCUCGCGGCUGUCAAAGCUUGCUCUAGUCUGGCCGUGCGAGAGGAGAUUGAUGCGUCGUUGGCUGUGAAGAUCAAGAGCUUGGAACGAGCCAUGGCGAUUCACUCUCACGCAUCAAACUCUCGCUGCUUCAAGUUGGAGGCGAGGAAACAUUUACACUUGGCGAACGCGAUGGUGGACUUGUAUGCCAAGUGUGAAAGUUUAGAAGAUUCUCGCAGGGUGUUUGAUUCGAUGGAGCAGCACGACAUCGUUUCCUGGACAUCGAUCAUCACAGGCUAUGCUCACGAGAGCCAAGAUGGAGAAGAAGCUUUGCUUCUCUUCUCUUGCAUGCAAGAACAAGGAUUUAAACCCGAUCGUUUAGCUUGCGUCGCCGCUAUCAAGGCUUGUAGCGUAAUUGCCGAGAAGAAACAACGCAAGAGAUGGGAUUUAGACGUAGAAUCUCUCGAGAAAGCAAUGAAAAUCCACUCGUGGAUCUCGCAGCUUGGCCUGGAGAGAGAUCCAUCGCUUGCUAGCAGUCUGGUUGAUAUGUAUGCCAAGUGUGGAAGCUUGAUCGUGGACGCUCGCCGGGUAUUUGAUAAGAUCUUAGAUCGCGACGUAGUCUCGUGGAACUCUUUCCUGUUUGGAUGUGUUUACAUUGGUGAGGACGAGCUUGCGUUGGAAUGCUAUGCGGCCAUGGAAGUUGCUCCCAACUCUCAAACAUUUCUUGCGUUGUUGCAAGCUUGCGGGAACCUGGGAGAUUUGAAGCUCGGUAAGCUCUUCCACGGACAGAUUCUCCGGCAGGGACUGGAAGGGAGUCCUGUGGCGAUUUCCCUGCUCGACUUCUACUGUAAAUGCGGGAGCGUCGAGGUCGCCGAGCUUGUGUUUGAGAGCUCCAUUGCGUCUCCCGACACUGUGGCAUGGAAUACUUUGAUUGCAGGACAUGGCGCUCGAGGAGACGCCAUCGCUGCGUUCCAAGCGUUUCGGAGCAUGCGAGUGCAAGGCGUGGAUCCGGACAGUGUCACCUUUGUAGAGAUUUUCGCGGCGUGCAGUCACGCUGGGAUUCUCGAUCGAGGACGGGAAUUCUUGGAUGGAAUGUGGUCCAAGUUUGGGGUGGCUGCUCACAUCGAGCACUUUCACUGCAUGAUCGACGUUCUUGGCCGUGCCAGUAACGUCGAGGAUGCCAUUGCUCUAGCGAGGAGAAUGCCAUUCCAGCCAAAUAGCGUGACAUGGACCACGAUUCUCGACGCAUGGAGGAAAAGAUACACUUGA